AUGCCAAUUGAGAUAAUUCUUUCUUGCCCUGCUUUAUCCUAAGAGCACAAUAUUGUAUCUGAGAUUUAUACAAUAUUUUAAUUAAAUGUUACUCAGUUAACUGUCGGGAAAGCAAACAAUUAAUUAUGCAAGUAGAUAUAACAAUUAAUAAAUUCUAGAGAACUUAGACAAAUGAGAACUCCAAAUGAUUAAUAGUCAUUUGGAUCUCGUUAAGAUAAUCUUGAUUAAAUGAUAUUCUAAAAUCUUCCUUAAGAAAACUAAAAACCUUUAAGAGCUAAAUCUUCUUUACAAAAUAUUUAUAAAUAAGGUACUCCCAUUACUGAAUUGGAAGAAAAUGAGGGAGAAAAAUUGUUUGAUCAUUUUUUUAAGUUGAACAUUUCUAAAAGUGAUAGUGAAUUUAUUAGAGAACCUGCUUAAAAAGAAACCAAGACAAUUUAAUCAGAUUUUUUAAAAUUUGUGGAAAAUGCAAUAGAAUAUCACAAAUAAUCUGAACAUCAUUUUAGAUCUACAAUAAAAAAGAAUCCUUAAUUAGAAUAAAAGAUUAAGGAACUCGCAAUCUCAAAUAGAUUGUUAGCAAAUGAAUUAAAUCGUCAUAAAUAAAGAGAACAUGAGAUGAAAAAUAAAGUCAAAUUAAUUUAAAAAUAAUUCUAGAGCAAGAUUACAUAAUUAAGUUAAAAAAAUGAUUGGUUGGAAGAACUUUUAAUAAAAUUAAAAAUUGAUAAUGAGAAUUCACUUUUAUCUUUAAAAAAAUCUUUAGAACUCUUUUAAAGAAAAUGUAAAUGCUAAAAAGGAAUGAUAGAUAAAAGGUUUAAAGAUGUUAAAUCAUAAAUUAGACCGUAAUAUGAAUUAUAAGCAACUCAUUCUUCAGAAUUAAGCAGUAACACUGAGGAAGAAGAUUUUCAAUAUAAUUUCUUUAAAAGAAGAAAAUCUCUAUCUAAAGUAAUAUUUUUAUUUUUAAGUUUAAGAAUUCAGACGAUCGUUAAUUUAUGCAGAGUAAAAUAAAACAUCCUAAAGACUACGGAAAUGAUUUCUUUCUUCGUAAAAAAUCUUUCUAAGAUCCUUAUUACACAUGA